GCAUAAUUAAUUUUCUUCCUAUUUGUAAGGAAAGAGAACAACCAAGUGCCAAAUCAUCAAAAAGGAAGAUAAAGAUAAAGUUGAAUUGUCACAACAUGCUCCCGAACAGACAGGAGGAGUUGCCAAAGAAUCGUUACACAUUAAAGUUCCAGACAUGUUGAUGCUUCCAUCCUGAGAGAGUGUUAGCUAUAGGAGAAACAAUAGUAAGAAGGCUGGUCCAGGGUUUACUGAUGAAGGUGCUGAUCAGGAGUACCAUGAACAGCACGGCUGAUUUUGAAUGGAAAGUUGCGUGUGAGUUGGUCGGGUCACAGCCAAACUAGUCUUUUGUACCUGUUUCCUUAGUGCCAUUUCCAUGUCUUUCUGAGUGUCAAUAUGUACCAGGACAGCAAAAUGGGAUGUUUAGUGCCUGACGGGACAGCUUGGUGGGGUAACAAGAGGCAUGGUGCGUCUGCCUCCCUUCAAAGCAUCUCUGCAUUGCUUUAAGAAUAUUCUGCAAGUUUAAAGCUGAUGAAGGAAGACGUACAGCAGCUAUAGUCACCAUACACUAGGCUGAAGCCCCUGUCCAUAGCUAAGGGAGCUGAUUGCUUAGAUGAAAGGAGGCUCACUUGGGGCCUUGGAGCUGGAGAACACAAAGGAAGAACAAACAACAGCAGACCUGAUGGUUCUUACGAGGCUGUUUGUGACAAGCUACACUAACUAUCUAAUCAAAGGUGGAAGAUGAAGGACAGCAAGAUGAAGAAGCGUCUCUCAGCCCUUCCUCUCGGGUGCCGGCUUUGUCAAACUCUUCAUGGAAAUUUGUGACCUGCCGACCACUGUGCUGCUCAUCAAGUUUGUGGAGGAGGGAGACAGUGCGAUGGGCACAGUCAUGCUGCUCAACUUUCUCAAUGCUUGGAAGGUCCAGGUGAGGAGGAGCAAGCUGCAACAUGGACGAUGCCUUUUCUUGAAAAAAUAUGUUUUGGAGCCCAACACCACAGAGGUUGCCAGGAGUGAAAUUUUUAUAUUCAAAAGAACCGUCCAGCCGCCCCGGAGAGCCCAGCGACCACACCCUGCAAGACAGCCUGCUCAUCCUGGGACACACACAGCCUCACCCUUCAGGCAGGAGACUGACAGGACGAGAACAACAACAACAACAACAGGAGGAGGAGGAGGAGGAGGGUGGUACACAGGAGUGACUGUAUGUGGUGUGUCGCUUGCAGAGACAGCACAGGCGGACCAAGACGCCCGAACCUUCAGGAGAUGUUCGUUCAGCCGAGGGAAAGAAGUCAUGUUAGUCAACUCUGAUGACUUGUACAUCUCUGUGGACUCUACUCUGCUAGGGACUGUUUUGUAAGCCAGUCACGGAAGAUGUGAACUGAAUCUGUAAUAUGAAGUCUUAUAAAUAAAGUUAUGGGCCA